AUGGCGCGUCCUCCAAAGAAAUUCCAGAAGAGCGACCGAGCCAUGAACACGGAAGAGAAGAAAGAGAAGAAGAGCGAACAACCUGAUCAUCAAGAUGAGCAGAAACAGCAGCAGAAAAAUAAGAAACGCAAGCAGGUUUUCCCCUACGGCAACUACAGAGCCUACUACGGCUAUCGUCUUGGUCAAGAUACGGAGGAAGAUCCUAGAUUGAAGGUUUUCAAGAAGGAGUGGUUUCAAGGCAAGGACUGUCUCGACAUUGGCUGCAAUGCUGGGAUCAUGACUAUUGAAAUCGCCAAAAAGUUUUGCUGCAGGAGCAUUCUCGGAGUUGACAUUGAUCCUGAUCGAGUUAGGGAUGCAUACUGGCACCUCAAUAAACUAAUGAGAAUGAAGAAAGCUAAAACGACACCAGGAAAUGCUUCCAAGAUGGAGGUUGGUGAGAGUGCAAAUGGGUCAGAUUGCAACAUUGAAGGUUCACCAAAUGAAGAGACAAAGGAUAGCCCAAAAAAUUCCUCUACAGAAGAGACAAAGCUAUGUGACAUAGUCUCUUUCCGAAAUGAAGAUUUUGUUAAUAGUCAAGAUCCACCAAAUAAGCAGUAUGACACCAUUCUAUGUUUGAGUGUGACAAAAUGGAUUCAUCUGAAUUGGGGUGAUGAUGGCUUGCUUACACUAUUUUCUAAGAUAUGGAGACUACUUCGUCCGGGUGGCAUUCUUGUGCUGGAACCUCAACCCUGGAAGUCUUAUGAUAAAAAUCACAAAGUCUCUGAGACAGCAAGAGCCAAUUAUCAAAAUCUUAUAUUCCAUCCACAGCUGUUUCAGGAUAUACUUCUGGAUAAUAUUGGAUUCAGAACAGUGGAAGACAUCACUUCUGUAUCGGGCAGCAAAUCUGGAUUCGACAGACCAAUUUUAGUGUUCCAUAAAUGACCCACCGGUGAAGCUUUCAUUGGAGCAGGGAUUCUUUUGCAAGCUCAUUUACUUUACUGAGACAAUGUAGCUCCAGAGAUGCACUUUUGUUGAAUGAACAAAGAGAUCAGGAAAACCUUGGAAAGCAUUGAAGGAAUGGGAAUGCUUGACACUGCAUUCAUUUUGGGUAUCCAUUCUAAUUCUUCAUGGGUUUGUUGUGCUGCACAGCUUUGAGGUUGGGAUUUUGUAAAUGGGUUCAUGCUCCAUUGUCUCAGGCAAAUGGAUUCAUGCUCCCAACUGUAAAUGUCAAUGAUAAUUCAGUGGUUUGAAUUCUUAGACCAAAGUUUUAAAUGUAUUUAUGUUUCAUG